GAAAAUGAUAGUGUUUCAUCCAACAAAAUGAACAAACACUUAAUAUAUAUAAUAUGUUAGAGAUACUUGUUAAAUGACAAAACCAUACCGUGAGGAAGUGACAUAUGACACAAUCGUCAAACCUGCCACUUCAAACACAAAGAAGAAAUGAACAUGAAACUGAUCUUACUGGUAUUUACUGUGAAUAUUUCUUAUUGUUUAGUAACCUGCGAACAAAUCACAUUAAGAACAAAACUUGGGAAUAUAACUGGUGUAGAAAGAAAUAUAUCAGAUAACAAACUUUUGGAAUUCCGCAAAAUUCCAUAUGCCAAAGCUCCAGUGGGUGAUUUGCGAUUUGAAAAACCAGUGCCUUAUGGGUCGUGGACAAGCCCAUUAGACGCAACCACAUAUAGCCCAUCUUGUUAUCAGGAAUUACCGGAAAACGUGAAGAAUGUUUUGGCAAACAAAAUCGUAACUGAAGAUUGUUUAUUCCUCAACAUUUAUGUUCCCUUUACAGUUACUCCCAAGACCCCCAAAUCUGUGAUGGUGUGGAUUCAUGGAGGAGGAUACUCUACUGGACAGGCGGCUCUAUAUGACCCUGGACGGUUUGCUACAACUGGAGAUGUAAUUGUUGUUACUAUAAACUAUCGCCUAAACGUGUUUGGAUUUUUAAGUACUACCGAUUUGAAUGGGAACUACGGAAUAUGGGAUCAGAUAUUAGCAAUUCAGUGGGUUAAAAACAAUAUUGAUUCCUUUGGUGGUAAUAGCGAUUCUAUUACAAUUUUUGGCGAGUCCGCAGGAGCAUUCAGUGUUGGACUCUUAUCGAUCGCUCCAAGAAAUGACGGAUUAUUUAAAAGAGCCAUAAUGCAAAGUGGUGUAGCCAUCUCCCCCUACUCUAUGGGCAAAAAAGCCAACUCUUCCCUAGUUUCGCAAUUUUUAAAUUGUACACAUAAUGAUGAGAACUUAGUCAGCUGUUUGAAGAAGAAAACUUCGCCUGAACUGUAUGAAGGAUUGCUGAAGUCUAAAUUUGCACAGCAAGCUCUUUUAGAAAUCCAAUUUGCUCCCGUUGUCGACGGAGAACUGUUUCUUGACAACCCACUUAAGCUUUUAAAUGAUGUUGAUUCUCCAGCAUCUCAGUUUUAUAGGUCAUUAGAUGUCAUAAUAGGAACAACAAGUGGCGAGUCAUCCCUUUUUGUUUUUACGCUUCAAAAACUUCAGAUACUAUUUCAAUUCAAUGUAUCAGACGGAAUUCCGAAACGUGUUCUUACAAACUUUCUUGCACCACAAAUCGCUAAUGCAUACUUCAAUGGCAACCCUAGAGUCAUCGCUGCUAUUAUUAAGCAAUAUGGUCAAUCAAAUGAUAGAAUGAGACAAACCUUUGAUAUUCUUGAUCUGUAUACAGAUUUGCUGUUUUUUGUACCGGCUGUACAUUCUUUGCUGUUACAUGAUCCAAACAAUGCAAAGAAAAGUCGCCAGUUUCAGUAUGUUUUCCAUGGCCUACCAUCGUUUCCUUUGUUUGGACCACUCCCACCUUGGUUCAACAGGUCUGAACAUGCAGCUGACACUACGUAUCAAUUUGGCAAUAGCUUUGUGUCUCUCCCAACUCUUGACACUGACCUAUCAAACAAAUUCAUUAAAUACUGGGCAAACUUUGCAAAAACUGGAGAUGUAAAUGACGCAGACCUGCCAAUGUGGAAAGAGCAUGAUGCCGUUCAAGCACAUUACAUUAAUUUAGAUGUCAAUAUUACUACAGGUCAGCAUUUGUUCCAGGAUCGUGUUCAAUUUUGGUUAAAUGAUAUCCAGCAAUUUCAGAACCCAACAUCGAGUGGAACGUGUCUAAGGCAAAUUACCAUUGGAUGGCUUAUAUUUGUUUCAUUCAUGUUUAGUCCUGUAUUUUUCUACCAUUAAUAAUAAGAAGUUAUGAUUAGUUUGGCAUUUAUUAUUCACUGAAGCAUCAUGUUUUAUUUACCUUACGUUACAAUAAUAGCAUAGAGUUUUAUGUUAUAAGGACCGGUAGUUCGAUCAAACUCUUCAAAAUAAUGUAGUGAUUGGUACAUAUUUGAACUUACACAAAGACAGCAAGUACAAGCGAAUUACUCGGUGUUCCCAACAAGAAGGAGUUACCACGACAAAGACGACUAGGAAGAUGAAGAAAUCUUAACGAUGCAUUGCGCAUUCAUUUACCUCCCUUUAGUUGAAUAUAUUGUAUGUUUAAUCAAAUUUAUAUUACUAUAUAAAUAUAUCAAAUAAAUA